AUGCUUCGGGUCUUGAAAAUCGGUUUGCCAUCGAACGGCAAUAGAAAAAAUAGGUAUUACGAAGUUCUGUAUGUUGGCGGUAUCGCUCAGGAGCGACGACUUGGGCGCAGAACGAAUCAGGAUGAGACUCGGAAUUCUUUGAUUUUGGACGAGCAGCAGCAGCAGCCUCGUCAGGAAGAGAAGCACCAGGUCCUCGACGCACAGGAUCCAACAGUAUCUCAACUCAACCCACAGCCUUCAGUCAGGCGACGACGAUCGCGUCAAGGCCUCGGGGUCCAACCAACGCCGCCAUUACGUCGGCAUAGACCCGGCUCUAUGCGGUCGAAAGAAAGCACACCAAGUAUCGAAUCACCCGAAAAUUCUGUCUCGGACGAUACCUUCAGAGACGUUUCAGCAUCAUCGUCGCUCUACGUCCUACCUGAACAGGAUUCGGAACCUCUCGUCAGUGGCAAAAGUUUUCAAUCAAGUGCAGAAAGGAAGGCCGUCAUCGCUCCCGGGGCACCUAUAUACGAUAAACCGCGGAAACUUUACUCUGGUAUAGGACAAGACCCCUCAUGGCCGGACGCGUCGGUGAACGUUCCGGCCACGGGUGGACAGCGAAGCGAUCGACGGGGUGAAGACUCUGAGAAAGAUUCUCACACUUCAGUCAUACCUCGCUCUGAUUAUGAUGAUCUGGCGAUCCAUCGUGAAGAGCUCCAGGACCGGGACCAUGAGGAUUCCCGAAAGCAACAUGAAGGCGAAUUGACCGAGCAACAGAUUACGGAGAGAAUACAUGAAGUGAACCGCGAGAGGCAGAGAGUGACAGAAGUAUAUCGAAGGGACCAAGGAGGACUCGAGAGACAGACUGGAGCAGACAUAGUGCGUCGUCUAAGAGAGGAGCUCAAGGAGCAUCAAAAGACAGGAGUGAUCAGGCAACAGCAAGCGGAUCCACAGAAACAGCUCGACGCGGAGCUACGAGGACGGCUAAGAGAGGAGGUGGUUGGUGAACACGAGUCCGAUCCCCUGCAACUACAGGGGACGGUUUCGCAAAGACGGGAGCGAGAUUCGGAGCCGGAAGCCCCACCGGAGUCCACGACGGAUGUACAACGAGAAGCACCGGGUCGGUCACGAUCCUCACCUGUCAGGGCUCGACUUCAUAAGCAACCGGUGCCCUGUUUUGAUGGUGACGCAAAUUUCUCCGGAAAACCGAUAGACGAGCCCGAUCAUUCCCCGGCGGUCGGGGAGAGCUCCCUCACAGCAGUUCCUAGGAGCGACCUUCCGUUGCUUGACGAAGGAGGAAUUCCGGAGGAACGGUUCGAUAAAGAGCGCCCCUACCGCCGAGAACGGAGUAGAAGUCCACAUUCGGUUCGUGACGCACAAAUCGCGCUCGGAAGUAAUCUUCCAGUCAGUUGCACGAAAACUCGCGCGGUUGAGCGAGCCGCCACCGAACCUCAUCAGUCCCGGAAGACGGCGCAAGGAGAUGAGGGUCUUCCGACCGACCAACGAAGUCAUUCUGCAUACGACGAAGGGGUUGCCAUCGUUGACGGUGGCGCGAGUGAUGCGGCGUUGGUCACCCCGAAAGCACCGGUGGCUCAUCGAGAAAUGCCGAACGAGUCGACAUUGGGACCGACAUCGCCGGAAUCUUUCAACGACUGGUAUGAAAGUGAUGGCAAUUUUCUCGUGGGUGAUGGCGGAGAGGAUCAAGAGGGGAAUCCGAUCAAGAGAAAACCCUCGAAAAUUAUUCGUAAGAUAAAAGGGCUCUUCGAAAAUAAGAAAGCGGACGAGUCUCUGUCGCACGCCGGCGCUGAACGCAAAAGAUCCGAUCAGCUCGAGCCGCCUCCACCCAGUCCUCGAGAACCCACGACCCCCACGAAGAAAUCGAAGUUGGGUCAGUUUUUCAGUUUCAAUAAGAAAGAUGAGAGGCGGAAAGCAACGUCGCCCAUGCCUCUGGUAUUCGGACCCGCUGUCCAGGGUCCUGAAUCGAUCCCGGACGGCAUGCUCACAAAGGUAUUCAUGAGCAAACUGGCCCGAGACAAAAACGUCGAGCAACCUCCAACUCCAAAGACGGCACCCCCCUUGCUGAACUGUCGUGACUGGUCGCCGAGCACAGAAGACUUGACGAAAGUCGGAACAGGGAAGGAGAAGGAAUUCCUGAAGCCGUCUAAAUAUUUCGUACCGAAAAUUCCACCGUUCCAACCUCGCACCCAGCCCCUGGAACAAGUCGGUGAUGAGUCUCCUAUCGUUCAGCCUUCGGAAGCUCAUGGACUCCUCGCUCCUGAAGUUGCGGAGGCUCGAAACUCGCCUUACAGCUUGUGCCGGAAUCGCGGUAGCGUCAAGGGGGUCAGUCCGAGACGCACAUCGUUGGCAGACGACAACGUAGACAAUAUGUAUGAGGAACUCUUCGAGAAAGAACGCACUGGGAGCCUCUCAAGUCCACAGAAAGCAAUCGAUGAGGAUGUAGGACACGCAUUCGUUCGGAAGCCUUCGAAGAAAGCUGCGGCGAUACCUCCCGAAUUCCGCGCACCGAUCUACCAGCCUCUGAGGGAUGAGCCCGCGGGAGAUACACGGGUACCGUCAGAGCCGCAGCUGAUUCCCAGAGAAGCAUCUCCCCCAGCCUGUGAGGAAAUCGAGGAAGAAUUAAUCGAAGAAGAAAUCAUCGAAGAGGAGAUUAUCGACGAAUUCAUUAUUCCUAGCAGCCGGAACAGCAUUCAAGAACUGCGACCUUUGUUCAAGCAAGCUUGGAUGCUGAUCGAUCUCAUGACUCAAGACUUGAUCAAUGGAGUACCGUCCGAAGCCUGGGACGAGCUCCGGACAUUUUUCCUCAUAAUGAUCAGCAUGCUCGCUUUCCUCUACUUGCAAGGCGUACUCCAGUUCACCGGCAAAAAUCCAUUAGGCUUCCUGAUGGCGGUCUUCCGAGGAUUCCACAUAUUGCUCGGAUCUGCAAUCCGAGCAGGCAUGACGAUCCAUGAUGCUGUGGACGCUAUGUUGACCGACGCAAGCUCGAAGCUCGUCGCGGACACCUUGAAGGAAAUUUAG